AUGGCAAAUGAUGAUGGUGAUCCUAUUUUUGAUUACAGCAAUGUUAUUAUUGAACUUGUUUUUUUGGCUGCAGUUAUAUUUAUUGUUAGAACAUGCUACCGUUUCAUAGCCGUUUGUUUUCGUCACCAAGAACGAACCACCACGCACCAAAACCCACCACAACCAACGUGGUAUGCCGCGUCGCUGACCCUCAAUGAAAGAACAUCCUCAUCAGUUGUACAUGAAAUUCCAACACACAAGUACCACAGGAGAAAUAAAGUUGACAUGGUUUCGGAUGAUGAUAGUGGUACGUGUGCCGUGUGUUUGGGAGAUUUUGAGGAGGGGGAGGAAUUGAGGACUAUGCCUGAGUGCUUGCACUCUUUUCAUGUACUGUGUAUUGACAUGUGGCUCCAUUCACAUUUGAGUUGCCCUAUUUGUCGCGCUAGUGCCGCCCCUUUGCCGGUGGUGCACAAACAUCAUUGCGUCGUAGAUACGAGGAAUAUGGUCCCACUUGCUAUCGUGCAAAAUGAAAUAUGUCCACGGAGAGUAGAUAUUGUAUAUAUAUAA